CAACUAUAAUUACCUUUGCCAGCAACCACAACCAAAGAAACUUUUCCCCACCACUCAACCAUGUCUCGGCGUAGUCAGGCGCCGCCGCGGCCACUUUAUAAGCAGCAGUCGUGGUCGCCGGACAUGCUUCGGGACGAAGCGUGGCAACGGCGAAAGGAUAACCACAACGUCAGCCGCGAGAACUGGCGACGCCACCGGCCGAGCAGGAGCCUGUCGGAGGACGACAUGGAAGAACUCAAGGCGUGCAUCGACCUAGGGUUUGGAUUCGGUUCGGUCGAAAUUGAUCCGAAGCUGUCGGAUACUAUCCCCGCUUUGGAGCUAUACCUUGCUGUUAAUAAACAGUACAACCACCACAGCAUCUCUAGGUCCUCCUCUUCGUCUUCCCUUGUCUCUGAUAGCGACAUUUCGAGCCCCACCACCAUUUUCGAUGCAGGUGAUGAUUUGGCUGUGAAGAAGACUCGGUUGAAGCAAUGGGCGCAAGUUGUUGCAUGUGCUGUGCGGGAAUCUUCUUCAUCUUCAUCUUCAUCUUCGGGUUCAUACCCUUCCGACCAUGUUAAUUAGGAGUUGAAUACCUGAAGCCCGCAGGAACAACACAAGACCAGUGUGAAUUAAAGUGGACUCUAAUUUGUUGAUAGAUAGUCUUUGGUGGUUUCUUUCCAGAUUUUUUAUGUUAAUGUUUAUUGCUUGUAUUUGGUAUUCUGUUUUUUUGCUAAUGUAAUUGUAGCAUGGAUGUGCUAAUAUGCAUUCCCAGACUCUAAACAUCAGUUGUUCUUAAUUUGGGUUCUUUAGGAAAUGACUAGAUAUCCGAGAGGUUGAAUUUAGGUUGAUUGACUUGUUGGUGAUUCUUUUCAAUGUUGUCUGGUUCUGUUAUUGUGGUAUCCUUCAGGUCCAAUAGAUCAGACACCAAUUCUUUUCAAUAUAAAUAUUGUUAAUAAACGUUCAA